UUUUGUUAUGUUUAUAACAACACGUGUUUCAGAAUUGUGUUUGAUAUUCAAAAUUUCAAAAAGAAUGAUUAAUAAUUAAAAUUUGUCAAUAAAUUAACUGAAUAAAAAUGAAAUUUGCAUAUAAGUUCAAUAAUAUCUUAGGCACUGUGUAUAGGCAUGGUAAUUUAGUAUUUACUCCCGAUGGAAAUUCGCUUAUAAGUCCUGUGGGCAAUAAAAUUACAAUAUAUAAUUUAAAAAAUAACAAAUCGUGUACAUUACCAAUUGAAAGUCGAUACAAUUAUACAACUUUAGAUUUAGCUCCAAAUGGCUGUAUUUUAAUUGCUGUAAAUGAAGAGGGUGAAGCUCACAUGAUCAGUUUGAUAUCGAAAACAAUUGUACAUCGAUAUCGUUUUAAACGUCCCAUACAUGCAGUUAAAUUUAGUCCAGAUGGAAAAUACUUUGCUGUGUGUAAAGAAAGUAACGUUUUUAUAUUUAAAGCACCUGGACAAUUUUCUGGUGAAUAUAAUGCUUUUGUAAUGGAACGUGUAUUUCAUGGAUCGUACGAUGAGACCACAUGUUUAGAUUGGUCAUUUGAUUCAAAAAUUUUAGCAAUAGGCUCCAAAGAUAUGUCGACACGAUUAUAUUCUUUAGAAAAGUUUCAAAAUUUUAAAACUUACUCGUUAUCAAGUCAUACAGAUACCAUAGUGUCUUGUUUUUUUGAAAAAGAUACGUACGACCUUACAACUAUUAGUCGUAAUGGUCAAGCUUGUGUUUGGGAAUGUACUAUUGAACCUGGUCAAUUAGUUGUUGGUGAUUUUCAACCAGUAAAGAAAAAAUCGCGAAAUAAUGAAAAUGAUUCAUCUGAAGAUGAUAUUGAAGUGAAUGUAAACGAAAAUAAUGAGGAUACAGAGAAGGAAAUGGUAAAAAAUAGUUCACUAAAUGAUGAAAAUAAAAAUAAUGAAGAAACAUCUUCAAAUUUAUUACAUUAUAAACGUUUAGCACGACAUUAUUUAUUGGAUCCAGUAAAAAAACAAGAUAAAAAUGCAAUUUUAACUUCAGCUGCAUAUCACAAAGAAUCCCGUAUAUUAAUUGUUGGCUUUUCAACUGGAUCAUUCUUUUUGUACGAAUUACCCGAAAUGAAUAUGAUACAUUCAUUGAGUAUUUCUGAGCAAAUUAUCACUGCAAUUAGUGUUAAUCAAACUGGUGAUUGGAUUGCUUUGGGUUGUUCUGGAUUAGGACAAUUAUUAGUUUGGGAAUGGCAGAGUGAAACGUAUGUUAUGAAACAACAAGGACAUGCAAAUAAUAUGUCAUGUGUUGCAUAUUCAGCUGAUGGACAAUAUAUUGCAACUGGUGGGGCUGAUGGUAAACUUAAAUUAUGGAAUGUUUUAUCGGGAUUUUGUUUUAUAACAUUUGAAGAACAUACCGCUCCCAUUACUGGUGUAACAUUUAGUUAUAACAAAAAAUUUGUUAUUUCAUCGUCACUUGAUGGUACUGUUCGAGCAUAUGACAUAACCAGGUAUCGAAAUUUUCGAACAUUUACAACACCUAGACCGGUACAGUUAUCUUGUGUAUCUGUCGAUUACAGUGGUGAACUUGUAGCGGCUGGUGGACAAGAUGUAUUUGAAAUAUUUUUAUGGUCAAUUAAAUUAGGGCGUUUAUUAGAAAUUUUAUCGGGACACGAAGGACCAGUUUGUAGUAUUGCAUUUAAUCCAAGCCCCACGAGUACAGCCUUAGCUUCAGUAUCAUGGGAUAAAACUUUACGAUUGUGGAAUGCAUUAGAAAAUGGAUCACAACAUGAAACUUUAGAAUUAACUUCAGAUGCUCUAUGUGUUGUUUAUAAACCAGAUGGAGAAGAAGUUGCUGUUGCUACAUUAGACUCAAAUAUUUCAAUAUUUCAUGUGCGAACAGCAACUCAAACACAUACAAUUGAAGGACGAAAUGAUUUAGGAAGUGGUCGUUCUGAGUCGGAUUUAGUAACAUCUAAACAAAAUUUAAAAGCUAGAGCCUUUACAAGUUUAUGUUAUUCAGCUGAUGGGGAUUAUAUAUUAGCUGGAGGUCAAUCUAAAAAUGUUUGUAUAUAUCAUGUGCAAGAGACUUUAAUUGUUAAAAAAAUUGAAAUUACCCAAAAUCGAUCCUUAGAUGCUAUGGAUGAUUUUAUAAAUAGACGUAAAAUGACCGAUUUUGGUAAUAUUGACCUAGUUGAAGAAAGAGAUGAAAAUGAAGGUGGAAAAGUAGCACUAAAAUUACCAGGUACAAAAAAAUUAGAUCCCGGACAAAGAACAACUAAACCUGAGGUUCGUGUAUUUUCACUACAAUUUUCACCCAGUGGUGAUAGUUGGGCAGCAGCUACCACAGAAGGCUUACUUAUAUAUUCAUUGAAUAAAGAUAUGGUGUUUGAUCCGUGGGAAUUAGAUGUAUCAAUCACUCCAACUUCGAUACGCGCUGCAUCUGCAAAAUUGGAACAUUCUAAUGCUUUAAUGAUGGCAAUCAAAUUAAACGAAUCAAAUAUUAUUCAAGAAAUAAUUGAGAAAAUUCCUCCAAAUGACAUCGAAUUAACAAUUCAAUCACUACCAGACGUGUAUAUUGAAAAAAUAUUAAAUAUCGUUGGAAAUUCAUUAGAAAAUUCCAGGCAUUUAGAAUUUUAUUUAAAAUGGUCUGUGGCUUUAUUGUUACAAGCUAAGAGUACAAAAGUAUCACCUGCUACAUUAUUAAUGGUACAAAGGGCGUUGCAAAGAAGAUAUGAUCAAAUUGCAAAAAUAUGUGAUUUUAAUAAAUAUACAUUACAAGUAUUAUCACAGUUAUCGCUUAAUGUUAAAAAGAAGAAUACAUCAAAAAAUAACGAAGAAGAUGAUGUUAAGAGUGAAAAUAAUUCAAGUGACGAAGAAUUGAUGGAUUAUUCGGAUUGA